ACAGUACAGUGAGUACUGCUGUUUUAUAUCUACGCGUAUCCUACAUAUUUGGUCACAAAGUAUUGGGCAAAAUGGUUUUCCCGCAAAUCAUGCGUAACAUUCUUGGAAAUGGUAUGUACUGUGUUAUAGUAAAUAUGAGCUUUUUAAAUUGUGCAAUUUUAGAAAACUGAACGCUACAUACCCUGCACUCCAUCAGGAGUGGAUUUAGUCGGUAAUUUUCUUUCAUUUAUUUACAGAAUUAUAAACCCUAAAACAAAAAUUGCUCUAACAAUACCCUAACAACUAAAAGAGCGUUGUUAUUUGUUAAAAACACAAUUACAGGAAAUAUUUUAAAAUGUGUGAACCAGUAUCUAUUUUAUCCCACAGUUACUAUAUAGAUAUUACUAACGUUUCGUUGCUAUAGAAAACAUGCAGAACAUGAAUGCAUUUACUUUUAUUUACAUUUUAACUUUUUUGACGACAUUUUGUGGGGCAUUUAAAUGUAGCACAAGCAAUGAGGCAUUUAACGACAGUUACGUUUGUGACGGAAAAGUCGACUGUUAUGAUGAUUGCAGUGACGAGCUGACAUGCGGUAUAAAUACCAAGUUUUAUCCGUGUCCUAACGGUUGUGUAGCGCUACUGCCGUUGUCAACUUGCCUCAAAGGAGUCAAAUGCCCAAGAUUUUGCGACGGUGUGUCUCAGUGUAGCGACGGUUCGGACGAAUUGAAACUAGGGUUCGGGUUUAAAUGCGUUGUCCAAACAUUUAUAGAGCAGAGUGCGAACCGCUGUAUAUUGCCGCAGUUCUAUAUAAAGCGAUGGGAAUCAGUAAAUCAACCGAGAGAAACCAUUUGUGCGGCCGGAGAGGAUAAAGCGUGUUAUGACGUCACGAACGAUGACGUAUACUUUGACUAUCAGCAGUGCUGGCAAUGUGAAGAUAGUACAGUCAUCCAAAGACAGCAAAUCUGCGAUGGUGUAUUUGACUGCCAAGAUUUGACCGAUGAGUGUCUUUGCGAGGCUGAUGACGUCACUUUGAAUGGGGUUUGUGACGUCAUACUAAGUAAUAAACACAAGUGCGGGUUAGAAGAAGUGCCUUGUAUGGAUUUAUCGCAUUGUAUAAAUAAAACAUCUAUAUGUAAUGGGAUCAUAGACUGUGUUGACGGCUGGGAUGAGGAAGACUGUGAACGUGUCAUCCAAACGACAGAGCGGAUCAGUAAUUAUGAAUGCCAAGGCGGUUAUGCCCUAGAUGAAACAGUAGUCGCAUGCGAUGGUCGGCCAGAUUGUUUACAUCUUGACGACGAGUGUAGUAGAACAUGUGAGGAUGAUCCAGAAUAUUGCAAUUAUUUUCUCCCAUUGGUCUUACGUCUAAAGUUUAGUAACUCCUGUAUCAUACACAUUGAUGAGUUAUGCAAUGGUAUGGACGAAUGUUAUAAUGGAGAAGACGAAAGACAUUGUCCAUUUCUAACACCAUGUAGUCCUAAUAAUAUUACAAUGGGGCAGUACGACCAUAUAUUUCAAAAGUGCGAUUUAAUCCUGCAUUGCGAGAAUGGAGCGGAUGAACUGAGUUGUUCAAAUUCCACGCAUUUUUACUGCGAUGAUAACACAACCAUUAUCAGUGUUCGUCGUGUUUACGAUGGCGUGUUCGACUGUAGCGAUUUCACAGACGAAUGCUCGUUUUCUGAUACGAGCAUCUCGUCUGUAACUAUGAUGAUAAAAGAACCAGCACUGCGAGCUUGUGUGUGGAUUAUACUGGCAUUUGCACUUGCUGGUAACGUGGCAGUAAUCAUCAAAACAGCUCGAGAAGUUUGGGUUAUAUUACGUGGUAAGAGCCACAGCGUAAACAAGUUGAAACUGAUUCAUAAAACCAUGGUUUUAAAUCUAUCUGUGGGCGAUGUGUUGAUGGCGUUUUAUCUUUGCAUCAUUGCGUCAAAGGACAUUGAAUUUUCAAACGAGUAUUGCAAGCACGAGUUGAAGUGGUUGUCCAGCGCAACUUGUUCAGUUGCUGGUAUACUGUCAAUGAUAUCAAGUCAAUCUACUGUGUUACUGAUGGCAAUGAUGACAACUUACAGACUACACGGAGUGCUUCGGCCAUUUCGCACUGAGGGAGUUUCAAUUAAGUUUCUUCUGCUUGUGUUGUUGUUUAUAUGGACAGUGUCAGCUAUGGUUGCAAUCUUACCAAUCACACCUUCACUGCAGCGCAUAUUCGUAUCGAAGUAUGUGUUGAACCAGCCGUUCAUUAAAAACUCAAGCAUCACUUUGACCCAAAUGCAAGACUUGGUUGGUAGAUUGAACAACUUAUCCAACACAAAGUAUUUACUUGACCAGUAUAACCCUGUGGGCUCAUUCCAAAGUAUAUUCUAUAAAGAAAACCACAACCACCUAAGUCAAACUUCAACCGGAGUUCUCGGCUUCUACAGUUCCAACAGCGUUUGCCUUCCAAAUUUGUUUGGCACAUACAACGAUGCUUGGUCAAGCUUUACGUUCACACUGGUUAUGGUGGAUCUGCUUUUAUUCAUUUAUUUGUUGGUUGGAUACAUCAUCAUAUACCGAGCUACACUGCCUACAGAUGAAAUAACUCGUUCCUGCAACACCGAUGCCGAUGCAAGAGUUAGAGAAGACAGAGUUUUAUGGAUGAGAAUCACUAGUUUAAUAUUCACCGACUUUUUAUGUUGGGUUCCAAUCUGCAUCAUGUCUUUGCUUUCAUACAGAGGGGUAAUGCUGCCUGGUAUCGUGUACAGGUUCGCAGCCAUCGUGUUAUUUCCCAUCAACAGCGCUUUUAACCCAUGGUUAUAUUCAACUGUUCCCGUAUUCCCAAAACUUAACUUCAGGUCUUGGUUUAACAAGAAAAGGAAAGUUUUUAGAUACUCAGUUAAAACUGAUGGGCAAAAUAUACCAGCAAUUCAAAUGACCGCGAUACACCAACUGCAAGUUCCAACAUCGCUACAUCAUCAGAGAAAUUUGAAAACACAAGAGUUUCGGGUCCCUCAGAACAACUUAACCACAAUCUGGUCCUGUUUCUCUGUAAGACCUUUUACUCAAGGAAGCACGAAUGAUUUAGUUGGAUCUUCCAUCUGCUUAAGUAGUUAUAAUAGAUCCGCCGAUAGCGCAACUGUUGCUACCGAAAUCUGAUUCGUUUAUUUGUAAAUAAAGUAAGACUGUCCAUACGGCGCAAUAUUACCUGUAGAUUAUAUAUGCAGUUACUGCCAAGCGAGUUGUAAAUCUAAAAACAAAUAGUUGGUUGUGGUGAGACGGUUUAAGUUUAUAUUUGAUCGACUCUUUUGGUGGUAAUCUUAACACCCGCGUAUUAUAACGCCUGCCGUUGCGCCCCCAUGCGAAGAUAAAUAUUUGACAUUUAAUCAAGGUCUUAAUUUGCCACAGCGAGACAGCGCUAGUGAGCAAUUUUAUAUGUGCAUGGCAGAAACUUCGUUCGUUGUCUUUCGCAUUACAUUUCACCAUGAUGUAA